CGCACUGCUGCAUGGGACAUGUCCGUCAUGUGAUAUUCGUUGCUCGAGAAAAAGUUCCGUGAUCGCAUUGUCCACCUUUUUCUUUUUAUUUCGCCCCAAAACACUUCGCGUCGAGUCCUUUGAGCCUGCAAAAUGGUUUCCGAGUGGGUGGCACCGAUCGUUAUCACCAGCAUUUGGGCCUUCAUUGGCAUCAUCUGCCCCUUCUUUGCCCGAGGUCCCAACAAGGGGGUGACUCAAUGCUGCCUGAUGCUAACCGCAGUAACAUGCUGGCUGUUCUGGCUGUGCUGUUACAUGACGCAGCUGAACCCCCUGAUUGGACCCAAACUGAGCAUGAACGAAAUCAUGAUCAUGGCCCGCGAGUGGGGCAAUGAGAUCAAAAACACCAUGGAUGUCACCGUCUAAUCAUAUUGUAUUCGUUCACUUGUUUUGUUAUUGUUUCUUUACCCCGGAUGUUCUUACAUUCUGUAUUAUUAAUUUCAACUUAAUGUUCGAAGCAUAAAAUAAAUUGUAUUAGCAAUUACGCUUUGGACAAAUCCCUUAUAGAAAAUCAUAGAUAAACACAUAUUUGUAAAUUCAGUACGUGCAAAAAUGUAAAGUUGCCUUGCCUUUUUAGGCCAACCAUUCCAUUACUUCGAGUGUCUUAAAAUGAAGAUUGAAACUUAUAAUAAAGUAAAUUUACACUUAAA